AUGCGGGAAGCUCCACCAACUCAAUGCACACAGCAUGGGUUUCCUGAAAUUGACGAUGGUAAAAAAAUGACAGUCAUUGAUCAAAAAAUACCAGCUGAUGGAAGUGUAAGUGUUCAUAAUAAGAUUAUCGUUGGAAAUCAGUGUAAUUGGCCAUCCCCGUCAGCCUGCUUUUAUUGUAAACAGUGUAGUAAACUUCUAUGUGCUGAUUGCAGUGGGCAUUUUUCUUUGUCUUCUGGAAGUAAUAAACACGAAAAUCACCUUAUUCUACCACUUGAAACUGUCAUACAUGACGCUAAGAUUGAAAUCAAUGAACAGAUUAAUAGAGUGAAAAGAAAAGAAUUACACUUUGAAGACUAUUUAAAUCAUCUUGUUGAAUAUGGUCGUGAACUUGGUGAAAAAAAAGUUAAUAUAAUUCAACAGAUUCAAGAUCGAUCUGAACGACUUAAGCAAGAAGUUGAUCGAAUUGCAACUGACCUUAUCAGUCAACUUAAUAAACACAUUGAAGAUGAACUGAAAGUAAUUGACGCCUGCACAUGGUCCUUAUAUCCAUUAAUUGCACAAUGUAAAGUGGCCAGUAGAUAUGCUAACGCUCUGAAGGAUUAUGGAAGGCCAGAGGAGAUACUCUUCUCUUUGGACCAAGUGAAUGAACAGCUUUGUUACCUAGAACAGGAGAAGGUUGAAUACUUAAAGGUCCGUAUAAAACCAGUCUUCAGAGAUGGAGAUUAUAACUGCAACGAACGUAAAUCGGAAGACAACAGCCAGUUAUUCAAUUCAUCCUAUCUGUUUGGAACUAUUGAAUAUGAUAAAAUUGUAGGAGAAUUUAUUAAGAAUGAAACUGUCGGUCGGAUUAAUCUUAGUCAAAAAAAUGAAUUGAAGUUAGAACUUGAUAGUGCACAUUUAAAUACUGGUCAUACAUCAGUUGGUGUGAAUACAAGUCCAAGAGAGAUGAAUACGAUGUCCAGUCUAAAUCAUGCUGGUAGAUUUAGCGAUGUCACUAUUAAUCAUCAAUCAUAUCUACAGAAUUCUGAUGGUCAUUUCAAAAUCAGUGAUGGCUUCCUUACACCAAGAAAUGGUUACUCAUUUGAUAAAAUGAAAGAUAAACCAAUCAGUAAACGAUGUGAUGUUGCAUCAAAGUAUCAAGUGAUUAAUGAAUUAGAGUUUGAUGCAAGAGUUAGCUCUGACUUAAGGGAUGUAUGGCCGACUGGAUUAGCUGUUAAUCAGUCGAAUGGCGAUAUUUAUCUUGUUGAUAGAGAUAAUGCUCGAAUAAAGCUUUUCACACACGAUGGAACUUUUAUUUCAAGUUUAGGUGAUACUGGUGAAAUGGCUGACCGACUUGUCAGCCCCUUCGACAUUACAAUAUCGUCCAGUUGGGGAACGAUAUUCGUAUCAGAUUAUCAACGAGACGAGGUUCGAUUAUUUAGUCUGGAUGGACGCACACAAGGUAUACUAACAAGUGAAAAACUUAAACAUCCACGUGGUCUAUGCUACGGUCUUGGAUUGGUUGCAGUUGUUGAAAGUCGUCGUCAUCUAAUUAGUCUAUAUGAUAUACGCUGUGAUACAUAUUCCCCUGUUCGUCAAAUUCCAGCUGAAAAAGGAGGAGAUGAAAGUUCAACUAAGUUUGUGUUCAACAGCAGAACAGCCCUAACUGAACCCUAUUAUGUAGAAAUUCUAGAAGAAGCUGGGGGAUGUUUAGCAAUUACUGAUUGGGCUGCUCCAAGUGUGAAAUUAUUUUCACUUACAUCUGGUUCCUUUCUGUCUUCAAUUGGUAGCUAUGGAACUACACACGAUAAUGUGAGUUCACAUUGUAUAUUCUAA